GACAGAGCUUAACAAAUCCAAAACAGUUCAUUUCUAUGCAGGAUUUUGUAAAAUUUCAACACAGUGGGGGGAACAAAAUGAGUAAAAUAGAAAAAGUCUACAACCUAAAGGAUAAAACCUUCAAAUUUGUGGAUAGAGAGGAUGAAUUAGACUUUUUCUAUGAAGGUUUUGAUUCUCCCAGAGCAGAGAUGUCCUGUGGUCACGCUGUGACUCCCAUGUCUCUCACCAACUGGUGUCGCAAGUUGUUAGAUGAGGGGAAGAACAGGUUUGUUUGUGGGAUGACUGGCUGUAAUAAGGAGUGGUCUUAUGAGGAGGUCUGUAAAAUGGCUCUGCUGACUCCUGAGGAGAAGAAGUAUUUUGAAACAACUAUGAAGAUCAUCGCUGACAGAGAACGAAUGAAAAAUACUAAACUAUGUCCUGGGUGUAAACGGGGAGUGACGAGAACAGAUGAGUCCAACCUGAGAACUCGUUGCCACGAUUGCACAAACAAAAAAGGAAGAGGAUUUGAUUUCUGCUGGCAGUGUCUGCAUGAGUGGAAGGGUCCACCGUCUCGCUCAGACCACUGUGAGAAUGACGGCUGCUUCAGUGAAGCUCUGAAGACUCUGAGAGACUGCCCAGAUAUCGUCUUUCAAUCGGUCAGAAAUGUAGCCGGGUGUCCCUGCAUCCGGGCCUGUCCCACCUGUGGAUCUCUGCUGCAGCACAGCUCCCAAAACUGUAAAAAUGUUGUGUGUCCUCGAUGCAGAGUGGAGUUCUGCUUUGUGUGUCUAAAAGUCACAACUGAAUGCAUAAGACUGAGUCAUUCGUUAACGUGUCUCAGUGGAGUCGCCCCCAGACAAACCUCCAUCCCUGUGUGGCAUCAAAAUCCAUCAUCAUAAACUGUGUUAGACAGACAGUACAGUUGUACUUUAAAAUAUUGUUCACUGCACAUGUGACCUCUUUUAAAAUAGAGGAGAUUAUCCACAAAUACAUGUUCAUCUUAAUCACAUGUGUCUUUAUUGUGUUUUUUGUCUCAUAGUAAGAGUUGUUGAUUAAAAUUAA